GCCGCCAUGGCGUCCUACGUGGACAACAGCUUCCGCCAGGCGGUCAUGAAGAACCCGGCGGAGCGCGGCGCGCAGGAUUUGGAGAUUGUCUAUUCUUACCUACAUGGAAUGGAAGCCCUGUCUAACCUGAGAGAACACCAGCUAAGACUCAUGUGUGAAACUGUUAGAUACGAAAGACACGAAGCAAAUGAAGUUCUGUACUACCCUGAUGAUAUUGGAACCUGUUGGUACAUCCUGCUGUCUGGUUCAGUCUUCAUUAAAGAAUCYAUGUUUCUUCCAAGGAGCAGGUAUGUCAACUGUAAACAGACUGAUUUUAAUUCUAAAAAUUCUGUACRUCCAACUCAUGAUUUGUGUUUAGAAUUGGGAAUGCAAUCUGGUUUUGCCCAACAAAAGCUAGAAGUAUGUGCAUAA